AUGACGACCUCUAACAAAGACUUUCAUUUUGGUCUUUUGCGUGUCUCCAUGAUCCAGUUGCUAAAGAGCCAGGGUUUUGAUAGGGCACCAGUGACUACUGUCGAUGCUUUCACAGACUUAUAUGUCCGCUUUUUUCAGCUGCUGACGCUAGAGGUGAUGAAAUUGUCACGCAGCAGGAUGGACGAAUACGAAGACAUUGCUCUGCAAGAUGUCUCACAGGCGCUUAUGAACGUAGGGCUGUUGAAGCCGAUGAAUACUCUUGAUAUUUAUGACGAAAACCCGGACCUUGUGGGUGACCUGGGAAUGCAAAAAUUCAAAAAAUGGUGUCUGCACAAUGCGAUGCCGCGAGAAGCACGCGCAGUGGCGACCCCUACGGCAGAUUUGUUGCGGCCGAAAGACAAAUCAUCUAAACCCUUAUCAAUGAUUCCUGAGUACAUCAACCAACUCGAUAAAGCUACCAAAAAAGGCGCAUCUCAUAAUGAAUCACACGAAAACGACUUGGUAGAUCAAAUGAUCAACAAUGGUGACAUGGACGAUUGGGUGCAUUUUUCAAUUCGCAAACAACAAUUGAACCUUGCGAAAAGGAUCUCCGGAAGAGAUGUCAAAGAUAUAAACAACUUACCAGCGCUUCCUGGUCUGAAACAUUCCACACUCGCGGCGGCUUCAGCACAAGAUGCUAGCGAAGUGACGCCACCAGAACCUGUAAUAACUGAUGGUGACGAAAGAGCACUGAAGGAGAAAGCUGCGCUAAUGAAAAUGACAGCAUUUCAAAAAGAAAACAGAUUAGAAAAUAUACGAUUAUCCUUCGAAGACGAAGAACUUACGGGCAGUGAUUCGGAGGUAAACAUAAAUGACGUUGGAUUCGUGGACGAAGAGAUGAAUCAAGAUUUAGAAGCUUUCGAGCGGCUUGAGAACACCAUGGGUCUUACUUUAGAGAGCGACAGUAAUUUGCAACUGGCAGAAGCAGAAAAUCUGAACGAUACAUUUCAACGGAGAGACUCCUUCGAUUUUGGUGAUGAGGCUUUUCACAAUCAUGAGUUUGAUUCUGAUAAUUACUGA